AGCAAAUGGUGGAGCUAAGUUUUAUUUUGCAAUUUUCUACAGUUUUCGGCGUAAAGUUUACUAUUAUUUUAUGUUAACACUAUAGUUUAAGUAACGGGAUGAAUGUUUUGCUAAAAUUCAUAGCGAUCGAUCCCAAACCUGUGUCCGGAAUGCGUUUGUGAAAAUAGCCUAAUUUCAUCCCAGCCUCUGUUGGCAAGAGAAAAAAAAGGAGCGUAAAAAUUCGAAUACGCAGUGUAGCAAGCCUAGAAAAAGAAGCAACAAACGCAACAUAACAAGGUAUAUCGCGCGCUCCGUCCUAAUGAUGUGGGGAAGCUCUACGUAAUCAGUGCAACAUGUAUGGAAAAAUGAUUACCAAAAGCAACAGACUAAACCUUAGUAACAAUGAAUCGAUUGGAGAAGUCUCUGUGGAUUCCAAUUGUGAUCGGGUGGCGCCGGAAGCAACUUCCUCGGAACCGAGUAAUGAAGAGGCGCCGGUAAACUAUAUAGAGAAUAAGAUCAUAAGUUUACUUAAUCAAGCCGACGAUAAAGCAAGUGUUCCAAGCUCUUCGAAAGAACAAGAAGUAGACCGACCUGUUGAGGCUGUGGAAAAAUCCCCGGAGAAAACAGAACGCAUUAGCGGUAUGUUGGCAGCUGAAGACAGCUGUAAUGCGGUCGACAAUAAAAUUUCAUCUUGUGAUGAUGAAACCAGUCAUAAUGAAGUGCCUCCGGGAGAACUUUCCUUUAAUGGGAAGAUUAAAAGCUUGAAUGCUCCCUGUGAAGGCUCGCAGUGCGAGCUGGCGAGUGCUAAGAAAGGACUCGAAAGAACAAACACGAACGAGAAAGUUCGCAAAGAUAAGCUAAACGAGUCAUUCGAGAUACUAACGAAGGAGAACAGCUCGUUGAUGCAUUAUAACAAUGAGAAAUCUCCGGAUCUUUUUGCCGACGACGACAAUGAUGACAGUUGCAUGGAUGAUUCGAAAUCAGAUUCCGAUGAAGUGGGCGAUGAAGACAAUGUUACCAGCACUAGUGCCGUUUGCGUGGAUCCAAUUGCACAAAUUGAGAAAACGCUAUUGAAAAAGCUACAAUCCUCUCUGUCGGGGGUUCUGCCUCCUCCGUCCGUUACGUACCCUUGCAUCGAUGCUAGUCGAAUGUUAACGUUGUUUAAACAGAAUGAAGAUCGCUUGUUCUAUCGAAAUGAAGUUGUGGAGCCAUUCAAAUCUGUAUGUUUGAGUAAACCAACUCAUUCACCGGAAGAACUUCGCAAGCUGGAGUGGCCAGAGUUGAUGAAAGCCAGAGCGCAUGGUUUGUACUAUAAUCAUUCUAUCAUAUCCGAGAAAAUAGACAUGCUCGGAUUGAAAUACAUAGACCGGUACAUAGGAUCGGAAACCAGCUCAACCUUAAACGAAACUCGAGCGCCUUGUAGCACGAGAAAACGGAAUUUGCCUUUGAAAAUGCUUAAUCAAUCACCGGGAAGCCGUUUGAGUCACUUGGCCCGUCGUCGAGCAGUUUUUUCGUCGGCCAAUCUACUCAACAGCUCAGUUGGUUCCUGUGUGGCUGGUACUUCUUCGUCAUCUCGCCGUUCGUGCAAUAGACAAAUCUUGCUCGAUCCCAAGAAAUCAGAUAAUCGUCGCAAGCACAAAGGACGAACGCCGAAGCGUCGUACCCCUGGUCGACGAAAGACGCCUCGUAGGAAGACUCCCGGAUCAUCGGUCAAAAAGCGAAUGCUCAGUCUACCAGUGGCUAAGGCUACUCAGCCACACACCAGAGAAGGUUCCAAGCGCGCAUUGUUUCAAAGUCCAUCCGACGAUCCCGUACCAAAAGCAUCGUCCACGUCCACUUGCGUCAUCAGUAGGGCCGUAGCCAGCAAAGUUCAAAAGUCAAAACGAGCUUUGUUCUCCCCAGCAAAGCCAUGUAAUUUCCCGCAAUCAUCAGCUUGCGAUAGUCGUUCGGAUAUCGGUACCACUCAGCGGUACGAAUCCUCAACCAAUAAUGUUACCAUUUUGAAAGAAAGUAGCGGAAUCAGAAACAUGAGCACUGGGGAGACGGUGGAUUUGGUCGGGCCAAAUGGCAAAAGAAAGCGCCCAGUAGACGACGAGGAUGACGAAAAAGCGAUCCGAUGUAAGCUUCCCCGAAUGGAUUCGAUUAAAGAGGAGGAUCUUACGCCUCGAUCGUUAAGGCUGGCACGCAGUCAAAGCUUUUGUGUGGGCUCACAGACCCUGAAUAGUACAGGUACCUCAGAAAGCAGUCUCUGUGGCAAAUAUCUGUACAGAGCCAACUCGGAGGUGGUAUUUCCGCACUCCGGCAGCCGACCUGUAACGACGUUAACGGAGAACCAUAAAAAGAAACUACUGUGGGCUGUGUCGCAAGCGUUGCAAUCCAAGCAAAUUUCGGUGAAGCACGAAAACUUUAAACAUGUAGCCUCCAACCUGGCUCGGGUUGUAAAACGUUUGUUCCUUGAAUUCAACGACCACUCCGUCUCUAGUACUAGUGAAAAAUUGUUAAGGUUGGCCCACAAACACGUGUUCGAGGUGAUCCAGGGUCAAAACGUAGACGAUAUCUAUCUUAAGGAGAAAACUCGUAUCAUGAACAUGCGAAACAUCCUCAAACCUAAUGGUUACAUAUCUCCGAAAGAAUACGAACAGCGCAAGCAAAUGAUGAGGCGGGCCAGCUCCGCGUCGGUUUUAAUCCUAGGCGGGUCGAUCGAUGCGUCUCAAGUUGCAUCCUCUAGCCAACCGCUGCCGCUCAGUCAAGGUUCGAUAUUCUCGCAAAGUUCCGAGUUCCUCAAUCAGCUGUCGCAAUUAUCGUCCGUUCGCACCUACAGUCAAUCCUCAGCCUUCGUUGAAUCGACGUCGAAGAACACGAUUCUCCGGGAGAACAUCGACAGCGAGCAACGACAAAAAUCGGCCCAGAAGCAAAUGUCUUUCUCCGGAAAGGAUCAGAAGAAUGUCAGUCCUUACGCCGAUAGCAAAAGUGGUUCCCAGGCUAAAGCGAAACUCCUAGUUGGAGGUGUCGUUCUACCUAGUAGUAUCCUGAAGGCGAAGAGGCAGAUCUCAUUCGAAUGAAACCGACUUGUUUAGUGUUUAUACAGGUAAAUUUAAAAUCUAUUUUCGAGAAUAACCUCCGUAAUUCAGGGCACUUAAGGUCGCAGUUAGGUAAAAAAAAAUGUUAGAUAGGAAAGUGAUUUUUUAAAUGACUUUAUUUAGGAGAUUUUUAGCCACGGGCUAGUUCAUUUCCGAAGAACAGUGAAUUAUUUGAUUUGUUUUAAUAAAAAGCGCGGAAUUAUGCUGUGCACUGAUUUAGGGUGAUUUACGGUACGUUUUUGCUUGUUCUUGCACCAAUUCGAUUUGUUUGCGGGCAACAUUUGGAUCACCAGACUGCAAUAUCCGGUUGCAGCUCAUCCGGAUAUCAAGGGAACAACCCUCACGUGUAAUGUUUUUUUUUGGAUUUAUCUUCGAAGUGCAUAUUUAAAACCAACUAAGUUAACAAUGUUUAUACGGAAUAAAGAAUUUGUAAUUUAUUGAAAUUGAAACCAUAACGGUGUGUGCAGAAAUGAGAACAGAAAAGAAAGCAUGUUCUACCUACAGAUUUUAGUUAGCCACAUUAAAUUCUCGGAAUAUGUCAUACGACUGCUACAUGGAAGCACCUCAUUGAUAAAGACCGCAGCAGACGGGAAUUGAAUUUCUAGGCUUAUGA